AUGACAGGCUACGGAACGCUCAAGGUCGUCUCAACGGGGCCCGUGAUUCGGGCUGUCUUCGACAAUCCUCCCAUCAAUAUUCUCGAUCAUAAAGUCUUCUCCGAUCUACAUGACUUCUUGACUGGCCUCAAGAAAGACCCAAACCCGCCAAAGGUUGUCAUUUUUUCUUCGGCCAACCCAAAGUUCUUCUUUGCGCAUUAUGACCUUCAUAUUCUGAGCGCUUCGUCUCCCCCAGCGCCGCCUCAAGACCCUCAACAGAUUGCGAACAGCUUUGUCGACAGUGCUCGCAUGAUGUCGACUAUGGGCGUGGUGUUCAUUGCGGAGAUAUCGGGACAAUCUCUGGGUGCGGGUAAUGAAAUACUCCUUCAAAUGGACAUGCGAUUUGCCGCUCCUGGAACGAAGCUCGGCAGUCUCGAGAUAGGGUUGGGCUUGCUUCAUGCUGGUGGAGGCAGCCAAUAUCUCACAAAACUUAUUGGGCGUGCACGGGCACUGGAAUAUCUUCUCUCUGCAAACACGGUGGACGCGGAGACAGCUGAGCGCAUCGGCUGGGUGAACAAAGCAUUUCCCUCCGUCAACGAGAUGACAGCCUACGUCGACAAACUUGCGCAUCGCAUUGCUACCUUCCCAUCGGCGGCGAUUGCAGCCACAAAGGACUCGUUUACGGGCGCCAUGGUUUCCACGAGGCACCAUCCCGAGCCAUUGCUCGAACCUGCAACACCCUUCCCUCCACAUUCCGAUGACACCACCUCGUCUACCGCUUCCCUAAUGACCCGAUCGAACAGGUCCGCUAAUGCAGAAUUAUCAUCUUCAUCGACCCACCAUUAUUCGCAUACGGCACCCCCCUUGCUGUUGAUCUGGCUGUUCGUUUCCCUUCCCCUGGUGGUAUGGGAUACAGGUUAUAUCGCACUCCGUCCACUUUCGAUGCCGGGCGGAAAAUAUCACUCGCCCAUCUGGUCACCGUACGCGCUGUAUGGUAUGGUGGAUUACAUUUAUGGAUGGCCCGCGUGGGACGGCCGUGUCGGCUUCACAGCGGCACAGGGUUCAUUGAAUGUCGUCGAGACACUCAUGUACGCCUACUACCUGGUCAUAAUCUUGAGCAACGGUCCAGAGGGUCUCCUGAAAUGUCGCACCCUACAGGGAUUCUUCCUGGGCGAGAGGAAAAAGUCUGUCAGUGGGCCCGGUGUGGCUACGGCUGUCGUCGUCCUCUUCUCCGCUGCUGUGAUGACCCUCAGCAAAACUGUUCUGUACUGGCUCAACGAAUAUUUCUCCGAUUACGCAAACGUGGGCCACAAUUCUUUAUUUAACCUUGUUUUCAUAUGGCUCAUCCCCAACGGUCUCUGGCUGAUUUUCCCGACCUAUAUAAUAUACGUGGUGGGAAAAGACAUGGUCGCUGGAAUGGAAGGUACUCAAGCAGAAAAGGAAGAGUGA